UAAAAAUAAAAUUAAAAAAAGUUAAUAAAAAUUUUAAAUAAAAAAAAUAUUUCAGUUUAAUUCAGUCUUGUUGAAUUAUUAGCCAGGUUAAGACGCGAAAUCGAGGAAUAUAAUUAAAAUAUAUCUAGCUCGAAAAAAAAUUGUUUUACUUUUGCACAAAAGAAAACAAAAAGCAAAAAAAAAAUUAAAAUUAAAAAUCAAACAAAUUUUCGCCUAAAAAUCAUAUGUUGCUGGUGGUGCUUUAUUCAAAAAUUUUCGCUCUUGUAUCAAUAAAAAAAAGAAUAAAUAAACCUGCAAAGUGCUAAGUGCUUUUUAGUUAGAAUUUUUUUUGUAUAAAAAAUAAUCUAACAAAAAAAAAUUUUGCACUAGUGUUUUGUUUUUCUUAUCUUAUCUUAGAAAUAGCAUUUAGAAUCGAUCUAAAAAAAGAAAAAUAAAAAUAAAAUUAUAAUCGUUGUUUGUACAUUGUAAAACUUUACUUCGUAUUUUUAUAAAUAUUAAAUAAAAAAAAAUUCUCGCACACUUUGCAAAUAUGAAAAAUUCUUGUUAAUGAAAUAUUAAUUUUAAUUGAAAAGUUUGUAGCAAUAACUCAAGUUCACCUCUUAAGUCUUUCAAUUGAUUCACAUAUUCAUAUGUACAUAAGUAGUUCUCCGUUAUUGAAGCGCGCAUUUUUAUAUUAGUUUUCCUAUUGAAAUUGUGGUACACUAGUGCGUAUAUAAAAAACAAAAACGAUUUCUGUUGUCAAAAUAAGCUUUUUUUUUGAAUUCCAUAAGUUUGUUUCAAAUAUUAAAAUAAGAAUAAAAUUCUAUCAAAAUUUUCAAAAUGGAUAAAUUGUUUUCAUAUAUUAUUGAAAAGUAAUUUUAAAUACAGAAAAAAAAAGAAUUAAAAUAAAAAAUAUAAUAUAAAAAUAUUUUGUCUAUUCAAUAAUUAAUCAUAUUAUAAUAAAAAUAUCAAAUUUUUGUUUUUUUAAUUUUAAAAAUUCGUAAUAAAAAAUAAAUAAAAAAAAUGGCUUUAACAAAUUUUACACUACCUUUUGGUGGUAUAUCACAUCAUUGGUCUGCAACAACAAUAGGACCAGCAUCAUUGCAACAAUAUCAUGCAAGUGCUGUCAACAAUUUAUUAUAUGAUCCAGCUGACCAUCAAGAAUCUGAUGAUCCACCAGAAUAUUUCAAAAAUAAUCCAUAUGCACCACCACAAAAUCAUCACCAUUAUAAUACUAAUAAUCACAAUAAUAAUAAUAGUGGUCGGCUAAGAAAUAGUAAAAGUUAUUUACCACCUUUACCAUCGUCUCAAACAUCAACUCAACGUCAUCAUAAUUCACAUUAUCAAUCACAGCAUCAUACAACCAAUAUAGAACAAAAGGAUCAACAAUUAGGUUAUAAUACGCGAACUAGAAAUAAUAACAAUCAUGAACAUAAUGUACAACAUAAUAAUAACCAUCAGACAAAUCAUCAGCAACCUGUUCAAAUUCCAAAAGGAAAUUACUUACCAAUUCAUCAGCAAUCUUCCCAAUUGUCAUCACAGCAAUCACAGCCGUCCCAGCGACAUGAUAAUGAUGAUAAAACUAAUUCAUAUAUUGAGGGUGAUACUGAUACAAUAUAUGAUAAUAAUAAUAAUGAUCAUCAAUAUAAUCAUCAACAAUAUCUUCCGCCAUCAUCAUCAUCACCCUCAUUGUCAUCAUCACCAGUAUCAUCUGUUUCACAUAAUAAUAAUCAAGGACAAUAUUUUAAUGGAUAUAAUACGUAUACUAGAACAUAUAGUUCUCACAAUAUUGGUGUAACUCAACCAACUUUGGCAAUUUCAACAAAUCAACAAUUACCAACUUAUUCAAACAAUAAUUCAGCAGGUGGACGUAAUACUCAAAAUCUUAAUAGAAAUAGUAACAAUAAUUAUAAUAAUGGAAAUAACGCAGUCCCAAAUCGUGGUGAUCCAGUUACAGGAUAUAAAACAAAAACAAGUAAUCAAGGAACUUCCUCUUCAUCAUCUUCAUCGACUUCUAGUUCUGCUGGCGGUUCAGGUACAGAAGUUGAUGGUAAUGAUGAAGAUUCAUUCCCAGAAAGACCACCUGGUUUUACGAGAGUUCAAGCUGGGCAAGGUAGUAGAACGCAGGUUCAUGCUGUGUUAGAUUAUGAUAUUGAUGAAGGUGAUGAAGAGUAUUAUGAUGAUAAUGAUAACGAUGGUAAGAAGUCAUCAAUGCCAACAGUAACACCAAUUCAAGGCCCAAUAUUUUUAAAAAAUGGAACUGUACCUGUUGUGCCAUUAUUCUCAUAUCCGACAGUAAAUAAUGGAACAUUUGUUCAAAUCCCCAUUUGGUGGACAGCUCUUUCCGUUGCAUUAGGAUUAGAUAUUCGUGGUGAUGUUAUACGAGGUGUGCCAUGUAUAAAACGUUAUCAUCAAUUGUUUUGUCCAACUGCGGGAAAUAGUUAUCCAAUAGAAAAAAUUGAAAAAUUUAUUGACGAUAAUAAGGCGUUAAUGAGGCGAAUGUAUGGUGAUUUUGAAAUGACAGACUAUGGUACACCACUUGGUCAAAGUCGACGUAGGCGUAGAAGAUAUGUUGAUGACCCAGAUAUAUUUAUACCACCAGGUGUAUUUCCAGCUGAUGCAUUUGAAUCUGAACCGGAUACUGAAGCGGGUGAAACAUAUUUUGGAAAAUUACGUAAAAAAAGGCAAAGCUCUGGAAAUAGAAAUAAAAAUAAUCAAAAACCGGGAACUAAUAAUAGAGGUGGUAGUAAUAUUGGCAGAGGAUCUAAUGCCCCAAACAGUAGUACAGACAGUGGUUCUGGAAAAGUUGAUGUUUGUGAGUCUAAAGUUGAAGUCGUAACACCAUAUUGGGCAUCAAAUUCAGCAGGAAAAAUUCGCGCAAUUGUUAAUACACAACAUUUUGAACAAGCAAUACAUCAAGAAAUGUGCACGAAAGUAACAACAGCACGGUGUGGUAACGAUUGUGGUUGCGAACAAAAAUAUAAAUGGCAUCGUCUUUUAGCCUACGACCCUGACAAUGACUGUAAAGGAAUAUUUAUGGAUUGGUUUUUAUUUCCAUCAUGCUGCGUGUGCAGAUGUAGUCCAUAGUUUUUUUUUCGUCAAAUUAUUAAAAUAUUUAAGUUUAAUUAAGUGUAAGAAAAAAAAGAAAAAGUAAUGUCAUAACUUUGAAAAAUUUAAGUAACAGCACAUAGCUUGAAAAAUUUUAAAAUUAGGAAAAUUUUUUUUAAAAUGAAAAUUUUUAAUACUUUUAUGUGCAUAAUUUAUAUAAAAAAUAAUUAAUUUGGUAUAUGUAAAUUUUUAUUAAAUUAAAUAUACAUAAUUAUACAUGAAUAUAUUAGCAAAAAUAUAUACAUAUGUAUAAAUAAAAAAUGUUCAAUUUAAAUAAAUUUUUAAAAAAUUAUUUUGUAUUACAAGUAUUGUAAUAUAGAUUAAUAAGAAAAACAUCAAAUAUAAUUGAGUUAGGCGAAAAUAAUUAUUGAUACAUGUAUUAGAAAAUGUGUAAUAUGCUUUAGAUAUAAAAUAUGGUAUACAUACAUAUUCUUUUUUAAGUUUUCUUAGAUCAAAAUAAAAGUAAAAGCAACACGUUAGAGUUAGGCUACACCGUAACGAAUUCGUAAAGAUCUUCUUCAUUAGGUUCUCUAAGCAAACAAAUUAAACUAAAAACAAAUUAAUUUUCUCUAUUUUAAUUAUUUUACGAUUUCAAAAACUUGAACAGUGUUUAACGUUGAAAUAUUUGUGUUUUUUUGUAUAGAAGUCCCUAUACAAAACAAAAUUUUUAUUUUGCUUUUAAGAAGAAUAUUAACUUCAGUCUUUCUUUUACUGAAAAAAUGUUCACUACGUUUAUAUUGUUAAUAUUUAUUUUUAAUUUUUAUUAAAUAUUUUUCCUAACCGAUUUUGAAUUUGCAAAUUCAAAUCAAACUUUGUAUACAUUUGAACGUCUAUCGAAAAGCAAAUAAGUACGUUAAGUUGAUGCGUAACAUACACGUUAUAUAGACGUUCUUGUUGCAUUUUUUAUACGAGCUGAAUAUUAUUAAUUUUUCUUUUUCGAAGGAUUAUCUAAUAAAUUGUUCAAAUUUAAAACAAUAUGGUCAUAUAUAAUACAUUACACUUAGGUAAUUCAUAGUACAGUUUAAAAAAUACAUUUACCGUGAUUGCAAAGUUGCAGUAAAAAAGUAUUGCUAAACCAUUCAAUAAUAUUAUGAUAUAAGCUGAAUUAAUUGUGUACAUAUUACAUACUGCAAUUCUCAAGUCAGGGAUACUCGCAUGUAAUAAUAAUACAAGACAUUAUAUGAAACUUAGUGAGCAUAUACGAAAUUAUUAAAAUUGUUAGUUAUAUUAUACGGCUAUAACGAAAUUUUUAACUGCGUUUUGUUUAAAUGUUAAAAAAAAUAUAAUAAAAUUUGUGAAUUUUAAUUUUAGAUGUAAUAAAUGUUCCGUAGAAUAUAUAGCUAUUAUAUACUGUUUAAAUAUUUCAUAAGGAAUUUUUAUAAGUAGAUUUUUUUUUAUUUUUUUCAUUAAUUCAUUUGAAUGCCUUGUAACUAUUUUCCAUUAAGCUAAAAAAAUAAAUAAAAAAAGCUCCUGU